AUGACAGAGAACGAAGAUCUAUUGGCGAAAAUUGGCCAACUCGCAGGUCAAAUCAACAGACACAAAAGCCAAUCUACCCAGCCGCACCAGCCUUCCUCGCAUCAGUCACAAUAUGUGUCGCGUCAUACACAUUCCCAUCCAGGAUGGGCGCCCUACUCUCGAGGAAGCGGAAGAGGUCGCCAUGUAGCGCCUCAUCGGAACCGCACGCUGGUCCUGAACAAUGGAACUUCCGGUGCUUCCAACAGUAAUACCUCCUCUCCUGGCCCUCUGAGUGACAACGACAGCGAGGCACGCCAAUCGACACCUUCGAGCGGCUGGGUCGCAAAACGCGAUCGUCAUAUGCAGCUGAUCAACUCUGCGGUCUACGACAAAGAAAAACAGGCCCGAGCCAGGGCUAUGGAGGAAACGCGCAAGGUCAAGGCGCUCCGACGCGCUGAGCGUGAACAGACAAAAGUGCUUCGGUACGCCCAGGCCGCUGGGGUUGGCGCGUCGGUGUCUACGACUGCGCAACCGGCGGCUGCUCACCAGAUCCUCGUGAAUGAUGUUCCCUUCAAGAUUACACAUGGCGGCAGCAAGUUGGUUCGGAAUUCAAGUACGAGACGUCUUGCGUUGUUUACCCAUACCGGAAUUGGCUUACCUGUCCUAGAUGAUCCAAACACGGCCAACACCACACCGAAGCGAGUCACCGUGGCCGGUGUGACAUUUGUACGAAGCAAGAAUGGCAACCUCCACCGCCUGGGAGCUGUAGCGUCGAAAAAGUGCGUUGUCGUCUUGGUCAACGCUCGAUCCUAUGCUGACAGCUGCCACAGAAACCCGAGCGUCGUCAAGAAACGCGACGAGCUGUGCAAAAGAUUCACCACGACCGGUAUUUUAUGUUCCGACGGACUACGCCCUGCUCCGCCAUCCCUCCCCGGCAUGCGGAUACUGACUCAAACUCACCUUUUAGGUACAUGCUACAAGGGACCGUCGUGUCCGUUCAUCCACGACCCCACCAAAGUUGCCAUCUGCAAGGAUUUCCUCCAGACAGGCCAAUGCAGUGCCGGUAUGAGCUGUGACCUUUCCCACGAGCCCUCACCCCAUCGCUCCCCCUUCUGUAUGCAUUUCCUUAGAGGCCGGUGCUCCAAUCCCGAUUGCCGCUACGCGCAUAUCCGGGUGACACCUGGCGCUCCUGUCUGCCGCGCCUUCGCGACGCUAGGAUACUGUGAGAAAGGUGCUAGUUGUGAAGAGCGCCAUGUGCACGAGUGCCCGGAUUACGCCAACAACGGUGUCUGUCACAAGAAACGCUGCAAGCUACCCCAUGUCGACCGUGCUGGCCAGAUCCGCAAGGCUGCUGCUGCUGCCGCGGCAAAGGCCGGAGCUUUGGCUGAGCACGAGGAUGAGUCUGACCAAUCUAGCGAGGAAGAGGAUUAUGACGCGAUCGACUCGGACGAUGUUGACUCGGACGAGUUUGAUGACGUGCCUGAAGAGCUGAUUGCAGGGAUGGACAGCGGUGAGAUGUCGCAGCAGCAGGAUUUUAUCCAGCUCUGA